AUGGCGUCCGUGCCGCCUAAAUGGAAGACGCAGCUCGCGCAGGGCAUGCCGCUCAGCGCCACACAGGUGUGCCCUCACCCCUGGCCACAAGCCAUCAUAGUGCGCAGCAGCGAGGAGAAGCAUCGCCUCUUGGCGCUGUUUGCUGCAAAGCCGGAUGUGAUUCUCUUCAACUUCUUCACCUCGCCGCAUUCCACCACCCCUUGGGCGCUCAUCUACACGUACAUGCGUGAUGCUGGCCUGGCAUCUGCCGGGCUGUCCCGCUGCACCUGUGCUACCAGCAGCCGCAGCGUCAACAAUAGCUGUUCCUGUGGGAAGGGUCAGCAGCAGCUGCUUCGAUUCGACGAGCUCAAGCACUGUGCGCUGUGUGUGGAGCUGAAGCACCUAUACGUGGCAGUGACACGCACCAAGCAGAGGCUUUGGGUGCUGGACGAGGACAGGGCAGGCGGUGGUGAUGGUGACGCCAGCAGCAGGGCGUGGGAAGUGGGCACCAGUGCGCCCAUGAGGGCCCUGUGGCACGCCCUGGGUGUGGUGGCGGUGCGGCGGGGCAGCGAGGUGACGCCGGAGUCGGUGAAGCGCGAGCCAGAUGAGGACGACUUGCACACCCUUGCCUUCACUCCACACGCUGCCAUGUCCUCCCUGCCGCCCGCCUCACACCAUGCACCUGGGCCUCUGUUGCCGCCAGCGGUGCUGCCAGCUGUGGCGCGCACCCUGUUUGAGCGCAGCCCCCCUGAGCUGUUGCUGGAGGCGGCUCGCACGCUUGAGGAGAUUGGACGGAACGCAGAGGCAGGGCACGCAUACGUGAAGGCGAGGAACUACGUGGAGGCAGGGCAGCAUCUGAGGCAGCUGGUGGCGCUGGAGGACGAGCAGGGCGUCAGCAGCCGCGUGGCAGGGCUGCUGGAGAGAGCAGGCGCGCUGCUAGAGGCGGCGCAGUACUCGUGGCAGCAGGGCUCUCCUGGGCGCGCACUCGUGUGCUUCGUGCACCACUUGCACUGCCGCUUGAAAGCCGUCGGGCGAGGGGCAUUGCGGGUGCAAAUGAGGAAACGGGCAGGGGAGGCGGAGAGCUCUGGGGGCGGCGUUGAGGUGAGCGCAGAGGAGGUUGAGAUGGCGGAGAGGCUGUGGGCGGUGGAGCGGUGGGGCUUUGCUGAGAGGGACGCGUAUGAGGCGAGCGACCUGGCAUGGGUGAGGGUGGAGAUGAGCGUGCUGCUGUUGGUGAUGGCCCAUGAUGUUCAUCUUGACACACACGACUCUGCUGCUGGUGGUGAUGGCCCAUGA